AUUUCUGAACCCGUUUCUAUGGGCAACGAUACUGUAUUGUUAUGGCGAACAUCAUCGAGUGAAAGAAUCCAACAAGAUAAGGGAUAUCUGAGCUGAUAAAAAGGCGUUAAGCCUCUCAUAAAACCGUUGUAUAUUAUAAAAAUAAUCCUUCGUGAUGUCUUUACACUUUAGUGCAAAUCAGUACACAAAUGCUUUUGAUCCUGUGAAGUUACAGAACUGGCAGGUGGCAAGAGAAUACAGAGAGAGGCCAAGAUCAUUUGAUGGCUUUACCCAGAUAGUUGCCAACAACAGAGGACAUUUGAUUCCAGGGGUCAAAAGAUCAAGAGAUUCGCCAUGGGGCACAUUUGUAGGAACCUGGGAUAUGCCACUGAAAAUUCCAGGUAACACAAACCCCACAGCACGGUCUGGACAUGCAGUAGAAAGUUUACUGAGAUCUAAAACAGAUGGUGAUAUUGUUCUUAGAGGAAAAUUAAAGAGAUGCAAGGUUCCAGAUGCCUUACGUGUAAAGGAAGAUAUUAAAGCUGAUGGUGGUAUUGGCCCAGGACCAUUUGAAACUCUUUUGAUGAAUGGCUCAGGAGGAAGAUCAGGUGCUAGAAAUCCAGAGCCAAUAUCCACAAGUCCAAAGAUGCCACCAAUAGGAUAUAAACCAAUGACACCUACCUAUCGUUCCAAACCGCCUACUCCAACACUUAACUGGCCACACCCACAGUCACCAGCUAGGUCGGCAGGAUCCAGAAGAAGUGGACAAUACCCAGCCACAACGAAUUGUGCCGUAGCUGGAACAUAUGAACCAGAUAUGCCAGUGCUGUCAUCAAGAACUCCUAUUAAUUGGCCCUCUCCUAAAUCAUAUGAGCCUCCAGUACAAGCAUAGACAUUUUGAAAAUUAGUAGUUGUAUACUUGGAAUAAUGCCUAGUCCACUGAAAAACGGGAAUAACAGACAUAGUUAUGUUAAAAGAAGAAAAUGAUCAGAUUAUGAUGAAAUUUCUAAGAAGUAAAUUUUACUGUUUAUGUAAACUUACACUAGUUUCACUUUUUAUGCUUUAAAAGUCUAUCAGUAGAAGUAGUGUAUACACAUACUUAAAUAAUAAUACUUUUUGGUGGUUAUUUUAAUAGAAAAUUCACUGCCAUUUUUUUGUGAGUACAGUAAAAUGCAUUUUCUAAUUAAUAGCCUAAUAAAACAUUCUAAAUCAUGAGAAUAAAUUGUAAUUCAAUAUAUGACGUUGUGAUUAUAUUUUUAAUGCUUGUAAUUAUAAUUUAGAGCAAAAUAUAUUGUGAGAUUUUUCUUACCCUCUUUUUAGGGAAAUAAGAAUUUGAUAUGUUGCAAGUCUUUUUCACUUGAUUACUUUUUAAACUAUAUACCUAUAUGAAAAAUAUGCAGUAUAUUUAAAAAUUACAAAUAUAUAUGCCUGCAACUUGGGGGGAAUGGUUUUGGCCUUAAAUAUAUGCUGGAAAUAUUUACAUGCCAUUUUGAUCUAUUGAUACUGAUUAUAUACUAGUAGUUAAGCCCAGUCUCCGGUUUAUUGUUUAUGUGAAUUGUUUGUUCUAACAUGUUGAAACUUUACUCACUCUUUUUAAGUUUUUUUCAAGGGAAAUGGGUUUAACCCUCAUCUAAUUUUUUUAUCUAAUAAAUAUAUAUUUUGGUGGUGGCAACUCAUUGAUGUGAAGUAGUUGUCCAAUUAAAACACACAAAAUCUAAAGCUGGAUGAUAUAAACUUAUUAUGUUAAAUGGACAAAAUAUUAGUUAUCUUUAAGGGAAGUAACUGUUAUUUUGAAAUCUGUUGUCAAAAAUGUCUUUGUGUAUUCUUCCAUGAUUAUCGGUGAAUAUAUUUACUUUGAAAGUAAAUUUUAUAUUGUUAUGGAGAGAUCUGUGAUACUGUUGUUUAUUUAUUUACUAUGUGUAUAUUUAUUAAAUUUUAAAUUUUAUAUUUGUUCACUGUGCAAUUUGUAGAAUCACAUCUUUGAUUUUCAAUUCCCUUUGGUUUUGAUAUAGUAAUGUGUACAUCUUUUUGUCAAGCCAAAUAUUGUAAUUGUCCUAUUUUGAUUGGUUCUUUAAAAAUAUAAUAUUAUGUUCAUGAUAAAAUUUUAAUGAACAAUAUGUAGAUUAAAUGAAAGAAUCAAGAAUAAAAUAAGUAACAUCUUUUAGAAGUAUUUACAUAUUAAAACCAACAUCCAGUUAUUUUUAAUUAGUUGAUUUUUAAAUUUUUGGUACCGAAUAUACAAUUUGAAUGAUAAACAAAAUGUUUAUGAAUAAAGUUAUAUUUAGCUGAA